AUGACACACCAACCACCGGAUCCUCAAUCCUCGUUGGUGUUCGAGUGUGGUGGAACACGCAAAGGCAAACGUUCUCGUGCUACUGAUGAGACUUUCCAAAGCCUUUUACCGGAGUCACAACAUGCAACUACUCUGAUGUGGCUGGCAGCGUUGAGUUCCAUUAUGACUGCUGUCCUGCGAAGCUUGAUGAAGCCGUUAUCCUGCGGUUUCAAAUUGCAGCCACCACACGACCUGGCCGGCUGUAACGGAGCCAGUCACUUCCUGACUAAGCACGUUACUAAGACGUCAUGGUGGCGGGCUCCCAAAAUCGCUCUGUACGUCGUACAACCCCGACUUGCUGACGUCAUGGGCUCUAUUCGGACCCAUCUGGAGCUCAACACGGCACUCAUGCGUCCGAUUCGCGAGAUCAGUUACAAAAUCAACGAUAUGGCUCGGCGCCACAUGAUUAAAUCGCAUCUUAAUGCGACCGAUCCCAUGAUCACCACCACCUUUCCUCGGAAAUGGGCCAAGCAUCUUGGCACCAAAAAAACUAAUACGAGCGAUGGUGUUCAGAUGCGUCGAUCGGUGGUAUAA